UCUGAUUGGUUCAUUUCCAUCACUUCGCGCCGAAUGCGAACUUGUUGUUUUCAUCGCCUCUACGAAAUUUUAUGUUUUAUCUGUUACAGUCUGAGUAGAAUCUCUUCACUUAGUCAAUACAUUACGAAACACACUCUUUUAAGAUGUUGGGAUCCUAUGAAGACAAUUCACCUCGGAAAAUACCUGAGUUCACUCUUUUCACUCAACCUAAAGACAUUUGUAAGCUGCCCAAGCAAGAAACAUUUACAGUUGCCGUGGAGGGAAACAUUGGUUGUGGCAAAAGCACAUUUUUGGAAUAUUUCAAGUCUUCGAAUAACGUGGAGGUUCGUUCUGAACCCGUGGACUUAUGGAAAAAUGUUGGAGGAUGGAAUUCACUGGAACUAAUGUAUAAAGAUGCCAAAAGAUGGAGCCUGGCUUUCCAGUCAUAUGUACAGCUCACUAUGUUACAACAACACCACAAACCACAGGUCAAACCAGUCAAGAUGUUAGAAAGAUCCGUUUUCAGUGCACGCUUCUGCUUUGUCGAAAACCUAUACAGGAGUGGAUGUAUGCCAGCUGUGGACCAUGCUAUACUGGAAGAGUGGUAUCAGUGGAUUUUAGCCAACCAGACCGUUCAACUUGAUCUCAUAGUCUACCUUCGUGCAGACCCCUGUACGUGUUAUGAAAGGUUAAAAAAGAGAAACAGACAAGAAGAGACGGGAGUGCCCUUGGACUAUUUGGAGGCCCUCCACCAACUGCAUGAAGACUGGCUGAUACACCAGAGACUUUUCAAGGUCCCAGGACAUGUAGUGGUGCUUGAUGCAAACAAAAACCUUGUGGAACUACAAAAAGAAAUGGAGGAGAAGAGGCAGGAGAUAUUGUGUGGGUACUUCUGAACAGUAUGUCACAGUUUAUUGCACUUAAGCUGGUGGAUGAAACGCUUUGCAUGUCUGUGACAAAUUUAGGAAUUCUGACAUUGUAAAAUUUCCAGGGACAAUUUUGCAUAAUAAGGUAGUUUAUGGUUUUAGGAGAUUUAUGAUCAGUCCAAAAUCUUAUUUUUGAGCCUGCAAAUUUUGAUGUCCAAGCAAUUGGCUGUGGACUUGGGAUUGAUACUGACCAUUGCAGGGUUAAUUGCAAUUAACAAUGUUGACCUGGAGGUGGUGUUUUUAUAAUGGUUCAGAAAUUAAACCAUAAGCAUUCUUCUUUGAAGCUGUGUAGAUGCCAUAAAAGCAGAACAGAGUAUUGUGGGGCUGGUUUUGAAGCCAAGUUGAAGUUGUACUGGUUGAAUUCUUUUUAUGGUCAGUCUGCCUGACCUUGACCUUGUAUGCCAUAUUUAGAAGUUUCAGUCUCACGUUGAUAGGACAUAUGGUAGAAUCGGUAUAGCUUUUGCCUUAGAACUCUAACGAUAAUUUACCUUGAACAAAUCGUAUGGAAUGGUAUUUUUCUUUAGUUAUGUUACAGAUACCUAUGAAAAUUG